UGUGCGGGGGGGGGGGGACACAUUUGCAGUGCACACUCACUUCCUGCGGAGAAUAAAAAUACACUCCUAGCAAGCCAGCUAGACGAGUUGUAAAAAAGUUAUGUCUGGCUGUCAAGUGGAUAGAGAUAGACUGAUUUUGAACAUGGACGUUACUCCUCGCUUCUCCGUACAUUAACAGCAGAAACCACCCCCAUGUCCAGAGAGCCGGCACUGGUGACAAGUCAACUGCGAAUGUAAGUUACUAGCUGUCGUUAGCUAGUAAUGUCUCUAACGUUACCAUCUGCCGAUAUACUUGAAACACCUCCUGGAUAUCCGUUUGAAGAAAUCAACUAUGAGGAUAUUGAAGUUGAGGAGGUGGUCGGAAGAGGAGCUUUUGGAGUUGUUUGCAAAGCCAAAUGGAAAGGCAAAGAUGUGGCCAUCAAGACCAUUGAGAGUGAAUCGGAGAGGAAGGCCUUCAUUGUUGAGCUCCGGCAGCUUUCACGUGUGAAUCAUCCCAACAUUGUGAAGUUGUAUGGCUCAUGCAAUAAUCCAGUCUGCCUUGUGAUGGAAUAUGCUGAAGGCGGCUCAUUGUACAAUGUGCUGCAUGGUGCUGAACCCCUCCCCUAUUACACUGCUUCCCAUGCCAUGAGCUGGUGUUUUCAGUGUUCCCAGGGCGUGGCCUACCUCCAUGGCAUGAAACCAAAGGCUCUCAUUCACAGGGACCUCAAGCCACCCAAUCUGCUUCUGGUGGCAGGCGGCACUGUGUUGAAGAUAUGUGACUUUGGAACAGCAUGCGACAUUCAGACCCACAUGACCAACAACAAAGGAAGUGCAGCAUGGAUGGCCCCAGAGGUAUUUGAAGGCAGCAAUUACAGCGAGAAGUGUGAUGUGUUCAGCUGGGGGAUCAUUCUCUGGGAAGUGAUCACUCGCAGGAAGCCCUUCGAUGAAAUUGGAGGACCAGCUUUUCGCAUUAUGUGGGCUGUGCACAAUGGCACAAGACCUCCUUUAAUCAAAAAUGUGCCCAAGCCCCUUGAGAGUCUGAUGACUCGCUGCUGGUCUAAAGACCCCUCUCAGCGGCCUUCCAUGGAGGAGAUAGUGAAGAUCAUGACUCAUCUAAUGAAGUACUUCCCUGGAUAUGAUGAACCGCUGCAGUAUCCAUACCAGUAUUCAGAUGACGGACAGAGCAACUCUGCUACCAGUACAGGUUCAUAUGUGGACAACACUGGCACCAGCACCAGCAACAAAAGUGACGCAAACAUGGAGCACAGUGAUUCCCAAGGGAGUAACGAUACUAUCAAGAUCAUGCCUCAGUUUGCUCCUUACUUCAAGCCAAAGGCAGACCCGUUGAGGUCUCUGCCUCUGUCGAGGGGGGGCAGUGUGGAGAGUCUGCCUGCACGGACACAGUGCCUGACAUCAUCUGACAGCAAGAGAAUGAGCGCUGACCUGUCGGAGCUGGAGCCCAAGCUGCCAUUUGCACCUGCAGCACGUCCGCAGUUUAAACGAGGCCAUCGUAAAACGGCAUCAUACGGCACCAUUCUGGAUGUCCCCAAGAUCGUCAUCACAGCCACAUGCGAGCCUCAGAGACGGCGCUCAGUGCAGGACCUGCCCGGCAUCUGCUCAGAGUCCAGCCAGGGGAGCAGGAACAGCAGCCGCUCCUCCAGUCCCAGUGUGAGGAUGAUGCCCCCCGAUAAGACCAGCAGCAGAGGGUACUUCUGCCCCGAUGACCCUACAGACACAAACGGCUCAGACAACUCCAUUCCCAUGGCCUAUCUGACCCUGGAUCACCAGCUGCAGCCUCUCGCUCCCUGUCCCAACUCCAAAGAGUCCAUGGCUGUGUUUGAGCAGCACUGCAAGAUGGCGCAGGAAUACCUGAAGGUGCAGACUGAGAUCGCCCUGCUCAUCCAAAGGAAGAAGGAGCUCAUCGCUGAACUGGACCAGGACGAGAAGGACCAGCAGAACACGUCCCGUCUGGUGCAGGAGCACAAGAAGCUGCUGGAGGAGAACAAGAGCCUGUCCACCUACUACCAGAAGUGCAAGAAACAGCUGGAUCUGAUCCGGGUGCAGCAACAGAAGAGACAGGGCACGUCCUGAUGAGGCGGAGACAAAUGAACUCCUACCCCCCCUCCCCCUCCUCUGCCCUCCCCCUCCUCACCCCAGCAACAGAACACUACCCACCCUCAUGCAUCUCUCACACACACACACACACACACACACACACUGUGUCCUGCAUGUUGAAGACCCUCGCUCCGGUGGGGCAGGAAGUGACGUCCUCUGAACAUUUGCACAUCCUCACAGUGUGUUCGGUGAGCGCAGACCAAACAAUCACUGCCCCCCCCCCCCCCUCUGAUGAGCGUGUCUACAUGUUUGCUCUGGACAGCCACUCAGUCGUCCACGAUGUGAAACCCAAGACGAAGGCUGGUCAGUGAACAAUGUGCAGGAUCCCUGAGGAUGUUUGGACGCAUGGAUUCCGUCAUAUGCAAACCCCCCACCCCUUAAAUCAACACAUUUAUCUCCAACUUUGUUCUAAUGGUGAGCAUGAGCCACCUCGCGUGGGCCCCUCAGGUUUUGAGGUCAGAGGCAUGUACUUCCUGUCUCUGAUAAAGGAAAGCUGGGGUUUGUGUAGACCUGAAAAGCUCCUCGUGCUGUUCAAACUACUUCUGGCUCCCAGAGCGAACAGCGGACCCCCUCUCCACUUCUGUUUUUGCGUGUAGAUGUUUUCGUCUUUUCUAUCCAGUAGUUCACUUUGUAUGAUAGCUCUUGUGUCAUUUUUGCACUAGGAAAUAUUGUAUCUGGUGGGGGAUGCCCUUGCGGACAAAUAGAGGAGCGUAUACCUCCGUACUGUGUCUAGUCUGUUUUUAGUUCACAUGUUGCCUUAGAAGUUGCCUGCAUUUUAAGUGCUUGUUUUAUUUGACAUGUCGUGGGGAUAAAAGAAGAGGGUAUGUUUUAAUGGACUUUGAAUGAACUUCUAGGAGGGAGUGAGAAGCGUCUAUGAUUUACUCUAAAAGAAUGCGUUUUCUUUUCUUGGUCUCAUAUCCCACGAAUACUUUUGCACAAUCAAUUUAGCUUUGUCUGAUCAUGUACACAUUUUAUUUCUCAUUUAAACUCAUUUUAAAAUAGCAAGACUUGACGAGUCUUACUUUUAAAUGUGUUUGUGUGCAGGAGUAAUCCUCAUCGGGUCUCUUCUCCUGGUCAUGGCUUUAGCACACACCACAGUAUAUGGCAGUGAUGAAGGCAUUAUGAAAUAAACUGAAUGCUGAAAAGACUCACUUUU